GCGGCAUCGUCAGUCACGUGUAACAGCAGAAAACCAGUUUAAGGUCAGAACAGAGCUUCUCGCGCACAGGUGAGUUCACCUGAGAGCCGAGACCGGAAACCAGACACCCGCGGUCAAAGAAGACGACUGGAAGAAAACCCACCGAAGAAGAAGCUGAGCGGGCGGAGCUGGUCGGAGCUGAUCGAUCAGAUGGAAGGUGACAUCUCAGUCACGUCAGCAAACAGGAAGUCUGCUGCGAUCACAGGAAGUGCGAGAAAGAUUAAAGACAACGCUGCCGACUGGCACAACAUGAUGCUGCGGUGGGACAGGUUGAAUGAGGACGGCUUCAUGGCGGCGGCAAGCAUCGUCAACAUGAGGCGUGCUCAGAGCGAUCAGCUGCUGCUCAACAAUUCUUCAUCGCCUCCACCCUCUUCCUCACCACGGCACGUGGGCGGAGCUUCCGAGCUGCAGGACAAAUGUCUCAAACUGCAGGAAAUCGUAGACAAAAUGGCUGCUGUGGUGACGAAGAUGGAUCGUCUGAUGACAUCACAGCGUGGAGUAGAGGAUCUGGAGGCGUUUCAGUUUGGAGCCGAAGGAAGAAAAACUCCUCUGUUUCACAGCUGGAGCACCAGAGAGUUCGGUGAAAUCUCUCAGGUGCUGCUGGACUCGUUCCGUCGGGAGCUCCUCUUGAAGCAGACAAUCCUGCAGGAAGUGGCUCACACAGUGACCUCUGACCUCUGCAUGGUCUUUCUGUCCUGCUGGCUCCAUCAGCCGUUCAUUCCCACGCAGAGCAGACUCAGGCUGGAGGCGUUGCUGCUGGAGACCGGGCACCGCCCACUGUGAGGCCAUCACCCAGCCAGAGGGAUGGAGCUCCGCCUACUUCCAAGGAAGCCCUGUCAGAGACGUGAAAGAGUCGCAACAGAGGAACGCCAGACUGAUCAGUGACUCUAUUGAUCAUCCAUUAAACCUGAUGCAGGUGUGACCCUCGCUCCACUCCAAUGAACGAGACUCACUCAGCCCCUUAUUUGUUUGAGAUCAAAGGCAAUAAACUGAUCAAUAGGUGACCUGUCAUCAGCACAGCAGAGCUCACCUGUUGCCUCACCUGUACUUGUGUGGCUUAAUUCUGAUGACAUCAUUAAUAUUAAACAUCUCCACAAAGAACUUACCUGCUCAAGGGUUCGGUUGCCAUGGCGAUGUUAUGUUUGAAGCGGUUUUUUUUUUCUUGUUACAUCAUGAAUUGAUGGCAAGUUUGUUCAAACCUGAAGCGACACUGGUCAGACUGCACGAGCCACCUGUAGUGACGGCGUCCGGGUGCUGAGGCCCACAGCCCGCCCUUUAUGGAUGUGAUGUGUUUAUGUGCCUGAAAUAAAGACGGAGGUCUUUGUACACAUGAAAAGUGUACAAUAAAGUUGUUUUAAAUCUG